GCAACAACUUGUUUAUUAGUGCUAAUGCUAAAGUUUAGUAUCCUGAAAAGUAGUUAUUAUUUUAUUUAACAAUGAUGGAUAACGAAGAUACGCCUCAAAUAAUAACCCAUAUAGAGCACAACCUAAACCACUGUUUAUUUGAUUGCAAAUGGGUUCCGUGCUCGGCAAAGUUUGUUGUUAUUGGUUCGUUGCCCAAAGGGACCGGCACUUUGGAAAUAUUUGAAAUUACUUCCGGGGAACUUAGGAAAGUGAAGGAAAUCGAGAGGCCUGUUUCGUUCAAAUGCGGCACAUUCGGGGCAAGCAGCGAUGUGGAAAGGCGUCUUGCAACGGGCGAUUUUAAGGGUACCUUAGAAAUUUGGGAUUUAGAGAAAAGUUGCCAGGUGUACAUUACUAAAGAGCAUACUGAUAUUAUUAACUCAAUUGACGGAAUGGGUGGGAACAUUGUUAAUUGUGGAGCCCCAGAAAUUGUCACUGGGAGUAGAGAUGGUACAGUAAAAGUUUGGGACCCACGGCAAAGAGGGAAACCAGUGGCUAACAUGCAACCAGCGCAAGGUGAAACACGACGCGACUGCUGGGCCGUGGGCUUCGGUAACUCGUUCAAUGAUGCGGAGAGAAUCGUCGUGGCUGGCUAUGAUAACGGGGAUCUGAAAAUGUUUGAUCUACGAACUAUGUCGCUUAGAUGGGAGUGUAAUUUGAAAAAUGGGGUUUGCUUUGCUGAAUUCGAUCGUAAAGAUAUUCCAAUGAAUAAAUUGGUAGCAACAACACUAGAAGGCAAAUUCCAUGUGUUUGAUGUGAGGACACAAAAUCCUUCUAAAGGAUUUGCUCAGGUUCUAGACAAUUCUUCAAAAAGUGGUACAAUAUGGGUGGCGCGACAUCUCCCUCAGAAUAGAGACAUAUUUAUUACAUGCGCCGGCAAUGGGCAUGUGUCGCUAUGGAAAUACGAGUAUCCGGAGCAAAGGUUCCAUGUAGACUCAAAAGGUGUCGCAGUGGGCGUACCGGGCAAGCUGAACCGACUGCAGAGAAUGGUGAUCAGCUCUCAGCCCAUCAACGCGCUGGAGUGGAACCGCGAUCACCUCGGCCUGGCCGUGGCCACAUCCUACGACCAAUACGUCCGCGUGCUUGUCACCACUAAACUUAACUUGCAAUGACUUAAUUCCAUCAUCAUCACCAACCGAUAGACGUCCACAUCGAUCUCUUGUAAGGACUUGCAAACGCCGUAGGUAGAAACUUCAUUUACAAUGAAGUAAAAAAAACUUCUUUAAGCGACACUUGAAUAUCCCAGAUCAUUUUCUUAAAUAACACGCAACUCCGUCCAUAUUUAAAAUGGCCGAUAAACUUCCUAGGCGCAUGAUUUAGAAUAAUAAAAUUUGCACCAAUGCUAUGCAACAAACUAUGUUGGUAUAUAGUUAAUUGGUUAUUAAUUGGUAUAAGUAAUUAACAAUAUUGAAGUACUAUUUAUGAAAUAAAAUAGCGAAUAGUAUAUUUUAGAAUUAAGUUCUCAUGUGAAUGACUUUCUUGACUUUAUGAGAAUAAAUAUCUUUAAACCUAACCUAUUAUGAUAGGAAGAAGAUAAGUCGAGCCAAACUUAACGGAUCGGUCUAAGCCUUAAACCACAAAUAAAAAUUGCUGCACAUUAUUAUUAUAAAACUAUGUACCUACAAAUCUACAAGGGAAGAGUUACAUCUGCAAGCCGGUUCAGGGUAACUACACCUUCGGUUAUGCAUCACGUGUAUGAUUCAAAUCUUUUUCUGCGUCUUAAUAAUGAAUUAGCGAUGUCAGAAAUAAAACAACCCAUCAAUUUUCUAACUCAAAAGAGCAUUUUUAUUAACCUAGCACUUAUUAUAAAUAAAAUUAAGGCUAGCAUUCAGUUCUUAUUUAGACUAACGUUAGAACAUUUGAUGCGUACACUCACCAAACUAAAUUCGAUCGAAUUUGUAUACCUAAGUCCAUUUUCGUCGAAAUUCAUUGCGAAUUUAGUUUGAAUUGAGCUUCCGACCAUCGACUAAACGCCGCUACACUCCUGGUACGUUUUCCACGGUUGUAUUGCAUCAUACCACAGAUUAAUAAAGGGGAAAACAUUACUAAAGGUAUAAACAAAUUACUGCAUUAAACUACUCGGAGCGCGUCAUGAAAGACUAGUGUCUUCAUUGUAUAAAAUAUAUGAUUUCUAGCGCCUCUCUCGCUUCAGGACAUGCCACAUCGUAAUUUGCUUACAUUUUUAAAUAUCCUCUUCGGACCCAUCUCAAUAUUUAUGUAUACAAAAAAGUUUAUAACAUUUUGUAUUUUGAUAAGCCUGGAGACGACAAUACGUAGUGUCGAUGUUAAGUGACAAAAUGACGCAGAAAUACUACUUGGAGUGGACGCAUCUGUCAUACAUUUUAUAUGAAGACGUGCACAUCAGUCUAUCACAGUGCUCAAAGCGCGCUUUGAUUGGUCGAUAACAGCUACUCUAAAGUGCAUUGCGAUGUCACGAGUCACGACUCCCAGUGAUCUAUUUGCACCUUAAGAAAAUUAGCUCGCUUCGUUUACGUGAAAAUCGAUGGAAAAUCACGAUUGAUGCAAUAUAUCCCCGAAAAACGUACUUUUAAAAACCACAUACUAAAUGAAAUAAUGCUAAUUAUAUCGAAACACGUACUCAACGCAACGCAAUUUACAACACAGUAAUGAAGCAUAUAAAUAUAGACAGAUAUUAAGCUACGAUGGCUUUUUUAUUUUUCAUUAUUUUAUAUGCAUUCUCUAUUUUAUCGGAUCAAAUAAGCAUAAUUUUGUCUUUUUUAUGAAGGAACACUAGAGAAAAAAACCUAUUUUUUAUGAUUAGAGUGGAAUGGAUUCCAAUUAUAGUUCAUCAUUUUUGUAAGCGAUAGCCAAAAGCAAAAUUGUUUGAUUCUUCAAAUUCUAACGAUCUGGAGGCACCCUAAGUUUUAUAGUGUCAACUAACAACCACUAUUUAACGGGUGUUAGAUAUUGCGUAUCGCUUACGUAUUCUAUGGCCUAUAAUCAAAAUCACUCUAGAAUAAAAGAUUUCGGUCAAAACCGUCAAUCACUCGCAAUAUGAGGCGACGUGCUUAUGAUAUCGGUCAUUAACAAAACAAUAGUAUUUACAAGCAACGUUAAUUUAAUCCAAAUAUAUAUUAUUAUAUCAUAAAAAUGCUAACGGCUGAGUCAAACUUUUAUAUUUAAUUUUUCUUUAUAUAUAAGUUAUAUAUCAUUAUUUUUAAUUCCAUUCAAACUCUUCGAUUCUAAAACAAUGUAUUUCUGCGUACAAUGAUGAUCAAUAUGAACUCUUAAAACAAGCGCACAUUUACUCGGGGCAGUGCUUUUAUAACAUAUUUUUCCUGAGCUGACUAAAAGGUAAACAAAUCACAGAAAACACGGAGAAACCCGAAAGCGUCACGCUUUACAUUGCGCUUAGAAGUUCUAAAGUUUGAUUUAUCUCUUGUAUCAUAUUGUGAAUUUACAGCAAACAUAUAAAACUCCAUAUAGGCAUAGCUCAUACAAUAAUUUAAAAAGUGAAGAAAAAUCGUAAAGUGCCCAGCAAAAACUUGGACCUGAGGCUGUGUAGUGGGAGAAAGUUGGUGAAUCCGGGAAGCGAUAGUCGACGUAUCGACCAAUCGCGUGCACCCGCGCCGACUAGUUAACCAAUCGCGUGCACCCGUCAUUCGCCGUCAACGCGUCAAUGCUCAAGUUGUUUGCCGGGCACUGUACGCUUGUGUGUAUGACACGAAUAAGCGUAAUGGCAUCUUAUUUUAACAGUGGUCUAGGCUCGUCUACUACAUAGAUACUGGCGCAUUUACGCACUUUUGGGUAAAACACCUUAAAAAAGUGCGGCAAUUUACCAGUCUGCAGAUGACGUUGGUUCACGGUAAGACCCUGCACAGGGCAUCGCUUACGAGUUUCUGCUAGAAAUGACUUGGUAACCUUAUAAGUCAGUGAAGAAAAUACAGUCUUGAAUUACACGAUAAAAGCAAUGGUCAAACGAUGUUGCUAUCUUGCUCUAACCCAUCCAAAAUGUAUGGAAACAUUAUGAGAUAGUAUUUUACGCUUAUAGACCCACCCCGCCUAAACGCGCGCGCCAUUACAAUAACAGUCGAAUAACAUAUCUUGCAAUAUCUUGAUUCGAAGACAAUAAUGUCGUGUAAUCACUAACUAGUGGAUUCAAAUUGUACAAAAACUAAAUUUCUCCAAUUUUCGUAAGCUAAAUUCACUAGAGUCUAUAAAACUUACAUAUAUUUAUACAAGUCGUCCGAACCCGAUGAAAGGUUCGGAGCGCGCGAGUCGCUCGUGCAAAGUAUGCUUACAUGUUCGAUCAAUAAUGUACUAAAUAUGCUUACAGUAACAAACUAUCUGUAAAAAAAUUAGUCAGCCAAAAUGGAAAACUUAUUUUCGUUAUUAGCUCGUGGGGUGAGGUGCGGGUUGUGGGAGAUUCCUUGAUUUUAUGUCAACUGCUGCAACCCGUGCCUUACCUCACAAUCUGUCGUAGUGAAACAGCCAACCAAACCAAAGUAAAGUUUUAGACGCGUCUCACGAUGCCAGUGUGCUAUUAAAAGUUAUCAAAAUAAACACAAGUAUGUUUAAAGUUAAAAGGUAAUGUAUUUUUGGUCACUUACAAUUAAUAAAUAGUUCUGCUACAAAAAAAUCACAUUUUACAAAUUUAAAUUGUAUAUGAAAGCAAAUCUAGUAUAUUAUUGAUCAAAGACUAUUAAUGAAACUACAGUGAGACCGAAGCGAAUGGAUUGUGCUGAAACAACCUCUAUGCUCAAUUCUACUUUAUAAUGACAACAUAUCAGUUGAAAAAAACUUCUCAAUGGUGUUAAUUCGUUUGUACAAAAUCUGUAGACUAAAUUGACAGGUCUUAGGCUGAGAUCUAUAGAGCGCACUUUGAUUUUGCUCAGACUUAAGACACUAUUAAGACGAGACAGCGUUAUAUCGCUGGCAUAUAUCUCUCUCGUUUUAACUGAAACUUAAGUAUAAGCAAAGUCAAAUGCUAUAAAUUGCAACCUAAGUUAAGACUGCAAACACUAUUUUAGAUCUGUCAAGUUAGUAUAGAAAUUUCGCACAACCGAUUUAGCAUCAUUAUAUUAAUUAUGUAUUAUAAUUUAUGAUCGCUGACGAAUAUUUUAAACUAAAAGUCCAAGAUGAUCUAGGAGUAUGAGCAUCGCUUUGAUGUAACUGCUCAAGUUAAAAAAAUGUGACGUCGGAGUUUCGUAAAAAUCGGCAAUCGGAGUUGUGAAAUCACGUUAUAUAAAUGAAAGAUUUGCAUGAACGUCCAAGACGUCACGUUAGUUUACUUGAAAAGUUACUGCAUAGGCCUUAAUUUUUUUUCAAGUUAGCUAAAUGAAUAGUUUAGUUGAAAAGUUACACUUCGAUCUCUGAGGAUUUAGGUUGAGACCUAUAGAGCUAACUUUGAGUUUGCUCAGACUUAAGACACUGUUACAAUGUAUACCUUAUGUAUAUGUUAACCGAACAACGAACGUUAUAUCGCCGAUAUAAAUUAGUAUAGUCUGAGCAAAGACAAAGUAUGCGUUGCUUAGUGAAAAUUUUCAAAUUAAGCAAAGUUAAAAAGGUAACUCUGCUGUUACGUUUUUAACUUGCUCUUAGGAGGUUAGGGAUUUGAUGGAGCGCGUCGACGAGACGCUGUGAAGACAAAAUGUAUAGCGAUCUAUGGAACGAAAGAAGCGCGCGGCUGGCGCUUGUUGUAUUUCGUUCCAUAGAGCGACAUAUAUUCACCCCUUCCACUUGCCCGAGGUGCUUGCUUCAAGUCCCUAAGUCUAUAGUAUCUAAAGAUCAAUUUCAUUUGUUAUUAUAUUCCGUACAUUGAUUUUUAAAUGUCGCUAAGUCCGAGUUUCAUAUAUCACACUACUUCAACGCGC